GGUUGUUCAUGGGGAGAUGGGCGGGGUAUCUGGACUGCAGUGACCAAUGACGUUUGAGCUCACUGACUGAUUCCAAAAAAGUAAACAGACUUGUUUUUGAUGUGUCAAAAAAUCAUGCGACAGUGCUAAUUAUUCGACAAAGGAGUUGGUAUAACAACAUUUAAUGAAGUCCCGACCGACCCUGGAUGUAAGCGUACGGUUGUAGUGUUUUGCUUUGACUUUUACUGCGUCUUUGCUAUUUUUAUAUCAGCUGGUAACAGCCAGCUGAUGGCUCGCUAGCUGAUUUUUACACCGUAUAGACCAUUUAAAGGUUAGCUCACAGCUUAGCACUGCAUUAGCAGCAACUAGAGCAUAUUAUGUAACAAUACAACAAUUAAAUAUAUUCUCAGAGAAUCAGUUUUAUAACACAACGUAAUAUAAUGUAACAAUAUGCACAUGUAAUGCAUCGAAACACGGACUAUGUAGUAAUAUUUUCACUGCCAUAACCACCCAUUUAGCCGUUAGCUUCACAGCUGCUCCUUUGCCUACCGGACUCUUUACAACUCAACACCACUGUUACAUCGAUCCAUGACUAUUGUGUGAGAAAUACUCAGAAUGAUGGUAGUAUUAAACAGAUGAAAACGAUGAAGCCCGAGCGUCAUCUUCCUGUCAUGGCUGAGGAUGGAAAGCUGAGUCCAGUGGGAGGACGCGCCGGCUCCUCAGGCCGCCGGGGCCGACAGACCUACAGAAGUUCAGCCCAUUUCCGCAGCCUGUUGGAGGGCCUGGUGGCUCUCAGACAAGGUGGCAUCCUGUUUGAUGUGGUGCUUUUGGUGGAGAAUCGACCCAUCCAAGCCCACCGUAUACUCCUGGCAGCUUCCUGCGAUUACUUUAGGGGAAUGUUUGCAGGAGGACUGCGGGAAACGCAGCAGAAAGAGAUCCCAAUUCAUGGAGUGUCCUACAUGGCAAUGAAAAAAAUACUUGACUACAUCUACACUUCAGAGAUUGAGUUAGACCUGGAAUGUGUGCAGGAGGUAUUAGUUGCUGCCACGUUGGUGCAGCUUGAGAACGUCAUUGGCUUCUGCUGUGAUUUCCUCUUCUCCUGGCUGGAUGAGAGCAACAUUUUAGAGAUGCAUCACCUUGCCGAUAUCUAUGGACUCCAACAGCUCAACGACAGGGUCCACUCCUACAUCCUCAGGAACAUCCAGACUUUGUCUCGAACAGACGUGUACCGACAGCUUCCCCAAGAUCAAGUCUUCAGAGCGCUGUGCAGUGAUGAGCUCCAGGUGAACAGUGAGAAUGAGGUGUAUGAGGCAGCACUUCACUACCACUACAGUCCUGAGCAGGUGGAGACGGACCAGGUGUACUUGCAGGUCAGUCCAAAGGACAAUCUUAAGAUGCUUGAAGCUGUGCGUUUCUGCCUAAUUGAGAAACAAGUGCUGCAGAGGUUGUAUGGAAGACUCAACUCCUGUCCACUGAAGGACUCCGUUUCAGCUGCUCUGCGCUAUCAUGAGCAGGAAAUCCUGCAGCCGGUCCUGCAGACUCCUCUCACCCAGCCCCGGUCCACUUUCCACUGUAUUCUGGGCUUCGGGGGAAUGUUCACCUCCAGCUCGCUCACAGACAGUGAACAUUUGUUUCAGGUGUUCCACCCAAACUGGGGGGAGUGGAGGACUCUCACUGCAGCUCAUGCCCCUCGAAUGUCCAACCAGGGCAUCGCUGUGCUCAACAACUUUGUGUAUCUUAUUGGAGGAGACAAGAACACCAGUGGAUUUCGAGCUGAAACCCGCUGCUGGAGGUAUGACCCCCGUCAUAACCGCUGGUGCUCUAUCCAGCCCCUUCAGCAGCAACACGCUGACCACUGUGUUUGUGUGGUGGGCGGUCAUAUAUACGCCAUUGGAGGACGGGACUACAGCAAUGAACUGGACUCUGUAGAGCGCUACAACCCACACACCAACAUGUGGGAAUAUGUAGCACCCCUGAAGCGUGAGGUUUAUGCCCAUGCUGGAGCAAUAGUUGAUGGUAAAAUCUAUACAACUUGUGGCCGUAGAGGGUCGGCGUACCUUAGAGAGACCUACUGUUUUGACCCCGCAGCCAAUCACUGGACAGCAUGUGCAGAGGGGCCGGUGGAGCGGGCAUGGCAUGGCAUGGCCUCUGUUAACGGACGUGUUUAUGUAAUUGGUGGAAGCAAUGAUGAGCAUGGAUAUCGGCGAGAUGUCAUGAAGGUGGGAUGCUUCGACCCCUUGUCCAACUCUUGGUCCUUAAUGAGCCCUCUACCUGCUGGACAUGGAGAACCGGGCAUUGCAGUGCUCGACAGGCGCAUCUACGUACUGGGAGGACGCUCUCACGACAGAGGUAACAGGAUGAAAUACGUUCACAUCUACAAUCCCGAUACGGACGAAUGGGAGAACGACACCGAAUUUAAGGAGCGCGUCUCUGGCUUGGCGGCCUGCGUGGUGUUAAUGCCCCCUGCUAUUAUCGCCCAGGCCCAGAGCUUGGAGCAAUGCACCAAAGCAUACUGGGAAGACGUAGACAUGGACAACUCAGACGACUCCAGUGAGGACUGACCUGUGUCUUAUCUGCUGAGAGGCUGUGUAACAUUCAAGCACUGGAGACUGCCGUACACUUCCUUAUCUAGCAUGUUGAGUUUGUACCUUGAGGAGGUUUCGUGGCAGUGGUUGUCGCUGCAUCGUGUCUGUUUUGCAUGAUGACCACUUUUGAGUGCCUCUGAACCAAAGUGACAUUCAGGACCUUUGCAUACAAGCACCUUUACUCUGUUCUCUCUAAUACACAUAAACACACACCCACACCAUCCAUUCAUACAUUGAUCUCCAGUUAUUAUCCUUCUUUAGCUGCAUCUGAAUUAUCUAAACCAGAGGUGUCAAACAUAAGGCCUGCGAGCCAAAACUGGCCCGCCAAAGGUUCCAGUCCGGCCUGUGGGACGAAUUUGUGAAAUGCAAAAAUUACACUGGAGAUAUUAACAAUCAAGGAUGUCAAAAUCAUUUUAGUUCAGGUUCCACAUACAGACCAAUUUGACUUAAAGUGCAUCAGACCAACAGAAUACUAUCAUCAUAAGCUAUGAAUAAUGACAAUGCCAAACUUUUCUUUGUUUUAGUGUAAAAAAGUAAAAUUACAUGAAAAUCUUUACAGUUAGAAACUAUCCUUUCACAAAAAAUAUGACUAACCUGAACAAAAAUGAAC